UGAGUGAUGUGCUUGGGUUGUUCGGUUUGCAACUGUAGUGGCAUUACAUCUCCAUAAUUUUGUUAAAUCCUUCGAACUACAUUGUUUUCCUAUGUUUGAAGUGUCGCUAGUGUGAUGGAUUAGUGGCUGCACUGCGCAGGGAUUCCUGGAAGAAGCUCCAGGAGCUGUGUCGCAAAUUGUGGGGCCAUGUGGGUGGACCGGCGACGUGCACGCUGCCCGGGCAGCACUGUGACGCUGCUGCUCCAGCGUGAGCUCGGUUAUAAACCGCGGCAGCCGACGCAUGCAUUGGCCUUCGACUGUGUAGGUGAGGACAGGGCGGCCCACUACGAGCUGGAGGAGACGGCAUGUAAUCUUCCGCAAUCAGUUCGUUCAACGUUCCUAAUGGCAUUCAGUCCUGACUGCACCAAGGUGGCCUCGACGCACGGCGACCACCGCAUCCACGUGUGUGAGGUGGCGACGGGCAAGCUGGCACACACCCUGGAGGGCCACCCACGUACUCCCUGGUGCCUGGCCUUCCACCCAAGCUCUAACCACAUCCUGGCCUCUGGCUGCCUGGCGGGACAGGUGCGCGUCUGGGACCUGCGGGGUGGCAGUGAAGUGUGGCAUUCCCCGGAGGGCACGGUGAUCUCCUCGCUGGCGUUUCACCCACUGGAGUCCUUGCUGGCCAUUGCCACGGCCAAUCGUGUGGUGCUCUGGGACUGGCGUAAGGGUCUGGCACUGGCUACUUGCAAGACCGCCUCCGAACGAGAGAAGGUGCGAUUUGUGCAGUUCUGUGCACCCCGAGGUGAUUUGCUGGUGACGGGCAUCACCAACGUAGAUCCGGGUGCCCCCGGGACCAGUGGUCCCCCUCUUUUGGACCCCGUGCUGGGGACGCAAGUGCGGGGGCUGCAUGUGCCCGCUGCGGCGGUAGACACUGGGGCGAGUCAGGGGCGCAGCAUCAGCGCUCGGCUUGUGUCCUUGUACGAACGCUUCGGAGUGUUGCAUCAGCGGUCGGGACACCAGCAGCUGGUGUCGCCUUUACUGGAGCCCGAGGAGGCGCUACGGCAGGCACGCAGCUAUGCUCACGAAGUCACCAGCUACUCUGACUACCUUCGUCGCGUGAACCGGUUCAGACGACAGGAGGUGCCGCAGGCUGCCAUGCUGAAUCCUGGAUGCGAUCGGCAUGUGGGGCUCAAGUGCCUUAAGUCGGGGGAUUCUGGAGCUGCAGCCUUGGGCAACGCAGCUGGCUUUGAUUUCGGAGGUAGCAGGCGCAGAGCUGAACGCGGCUCGUCAGCCGAUGAAGAAGCCGGCCCAAGCGACAGACUGUCUUCGGCUUCAGUGGGAGCGGGUCCCAACAGCCACGAUUUCUGGGCCACAUUUUACCGGCUACGAUCAGUCUGCUCGCGACUGGAACGCCGCAUGCGACUGCACGCAUCCCCUAUGUGGGCACCGCCCCAUACUCCAACGGCUACAAGGAGUGACUCUUUGCGAACAGCAAGUCUGGGAGCCACGACUCCGACUAAUGCAGCGGCUGCGAGCCGUCGUACAGCCAGAAUGUCGGCUCCUGGUCCUUCAAGCUCCUUCAUGGCUGGUCUUUCAUCGACAGCCUCGUCUUCAUCGAAUCGUGAGGCGGCCUCAUCAGAGACGCACCCAGACAUGCCGCUGUCCCUGGCGUCACUUCUCGCGCGCCUUGAGACGUCGCUGCAAAGCCUGAGCAGUGUUGCUUUCACCACGGCUGUCGCUCGUGACCAGAUCCAUCAGGUACGGCUGCGCAUCACCGAGAUCUCGGAGCGCUUGGCUAAUGUGAGUGGCUACAGGGCUCGCCUGACCAGUCUACGAGAUCAAAUUGUCGAAGCGGCUGCUGCAGCUAGUCGUUCCUGGUCUGGCCAGCCGGGUAUGGGCUCUGUACCGGAGGCGGAGGCAGCUGACCACCAUUCACGGGCAUUUGUGGCAGCCGAGCGUCGCAGGGGUGGUGGCAUCGAGGAUGACACCUCCCGUAGCCAACAGUGGGACUUGGUGUACUGCCUGUGGCUUGUCGAGAUCAGCCUGCAGCUGACCCGCCAGAUGCAGCGGAUACUGGCUGAUGACUACCGGCGCACGCAAGUCCACCUCAACCCCACAUCCACAUCGCCGGGCCCCAGCGCCUCAGUGAGCCCUCCUUCCUUUUCCCCGCCAUCAUCCUCGUCUUCGUCCACAGCCUACGGCAACGACAGUUACCUCCGCAGUCAUUCUACUACUAGGGGGAAUUCUGGCUUGCUGUCUGCAGCUGCCAGUGCUGCAUCUACGUCGGGGAGGCCAGGGGGCCUCGCUUCUGCGCCUCUGCCGUCUCACCGGCCAAUGCAUUGCCCGAGGCUGAGGCAUUACCACCACCACCCCCAAAACAGGCGUGUCCAUGCUUCUCCUGUGGUCAAUGGCAGCAGUGGCAGCGCACUGGCUUUGCCAUCCUCGUCAUCAGACUCGCUGGACUCCUCAGACGAAGAGAGCCUCGACUUUGGGUCUAUGGAAGUAGAUGCAGCUGGCAGUGGAUCGUUCCCACCCGCAUCGUUGUCUCGGCAGACGGAUGUGAACAACUUGUUUUACCAUGACGUUUACGUGCAGGUGCAUGUGUCACCACCAUCAUCACCGCCACCUGUACGUCCCACAGCCCCCGUGCCUCCGAGGCCGCAGUCGCCGCCAAUGCCGAGGAUUCUGUUUAGGAGUUCGUCUAGCCUGGUGCCCCCUUCGGACUCCUCCCGGCUGAGUUUUUCUCCCUCGACGACAUACUUCUCGAUCUUCUACGAGGGGGGCUUCCGACCACGACUCAGUGUGUAUGAGGCUGGCCCGAACCUGACGCAUCGAAUCCAGUGUUGGGACAUGACCGGUUCUAAGCUGCCAGACAUUGGUGAUGCCAAGGCAUGCCUGGUGGCACCGCGAUGCAAGAUCCACAACGAUGCAAGUGUGGCCCUGGGCGGUGGUCUGCUGGCGGCCCUGGUUCCCUGUGGCCUACUAGGAGCUUCGCUGUGCGUGUACUCUCUGCAGCCCCGAGGCACCCUCCUGCACACUUGGAGCUUUGGGGCCAACGCCAUCUCGGUCAGCCUGUCACCGCUCGCUCGGUACCUGGUCGUCGGGUUCGCCACCACUCGGGGCUAUUUCAGCCAGGAGAGGGAGGUGGUGGCUCAAAUCUUCAAGCUGACUCCACAAGAUGGCGAAGGCUCAUCCUCCUCCUCAUCGCUUCAGCAGGUGGGAAACCUGAGCCAGCCAGGGGGGACUGCUGGCCAGCCUCCGGUCAGCCUCAACUCAGUGCGCUGGCUGCCUCGGCCAGGUGAAGGGCUCAUCUACGGCACAAACCGCGGAUCUCUCUGCAUCUGCCGCCCAAUCAAGCCCAUCUCCAAGGAGGGUGGCAGCACUGGGGCAUCAUCCCGCACCGGUCCGACACGAGAUGCCACCAGCCCUUUUGUGAUGCUCACCGACCAGGUGGACAGGACGGCCAGGAACACCACCAUCCAGGUGUUGUCAACCGCCUCGCAGACAGCGCUGCCGCAGACGCAGACGACGGGGACGCAGACGAUGCUGCGUGGUCCUGGAAUUUUUACCAACCAGUCCAUUGGUGGCACCGACACGUCGGUUGACUCGUCGUCUUUGUCGUCGGGAUCCUCCAACAACGAGCCUGUGCCGGGCCCCAGUGGCUUGGGCUUAGACGCGGCAAGCAGCAGUGGCGCCUCCACUAAUUGGUACACGUGCUAGUGCUGGGAACUUUGCAGCAAUGCUAGCAACCAUUGAUCUCAUUUGAUUGAUAUUCCACUAUGUCUGUGCAUUCAUGUGUGGAGCGACCUUUAUCCUUUUGUUCUGUUCCUUCCUUACACUGGCCUCCCCUCUCUUUAGGUGUAGCAGUCUUUCAGGGAGUAAGUUAAUAUAACAAACAAAAGUUAUGUUGCAAGCACGCCAUGGUAUUUUCUGAGCAGAUAAAAUAAUUGUUUAUUAAUUAGCACAAAGUAUAAUGUGCUAGUGGAUUACCCAAUUAGCACUUUCAGUGAUCGCUUAUUUGUUGAGUUGUGGUGAGGAGAUUGUAUUUUUGUAACGGUGUUGUUUUGAAAGGAGAAAGAUAAAGGUCGAAGUAUAUAAGUUUGUUAGUCAUGCAGUGCCUAGUUUGUCGUCAGCGCUGCUGUGCAAAUAGAGUAGAGUUUAUGUUGUUUAUUGAUUAUGUGCACUUCAGCUUGUUCCUGGUGACAUACUUGCUGCAAGCUACUGUGGUCUGGUUCUGUCAGCAAGGUUGACAACGGCAUUUCAACAAUUUGUCAGGGGGUGGAAAUGUCACUAAGUAGUGAAAUGGUAGCAAAUCAUACUACUGCAUAUUGGGCACUGACAUAAAACUGGAGCAGGUACAAGAAUACCUCAUUAACUCAAAACCAUAAGAACUAAGAAAGAUUUUAAGAUAUGACAGCAGAGUUUUUAGAUUAGGGACGUCGUGAAAAUAGCAGUGAAAAGUAGAGUUCUUUUUGAAAAAUGUGUCGCUUUCUAACCAGUUUUCUGACAAGAAAUUCUAAGCUGGCUCUCGCUAGAGGUUUUCAGAAAAAAAAAGUUUACAGCAUGCCAGAUAUAUCAAACGCCACCAUUUUGCAGUGCCAUUUUUUUUACGCAGAAAAAGAAAUCUGCGGAAGGCUUCCUUUCUUCACGCAUUUCCCUUCCCCGAUCAACCUUUCAUCUGCACCAAAAAUUGUUUAGAGCAUGUGUCGGCACCGCUCAUGGACAGCUGUUGAGUGACUAAAUCGACACUGCUACUUUCGCACUGCUCAAAAUCAAGUUUCGCUAAGGCAGCCAUUUCUACAGGUGUAAUCAACGUUGCCCAUUUGCCGGACUAUGGCACCUGCCCUUUUUGUUCUCAGUGUUGUGGGAAUUGGAAACUUGGCUGCUCUCGGAUUUCGCAGCCACGCCCAUUAGUGUUGCUUCGACACCUGGAAACCUUGAGCAUGAAACCCGCUUGUGCUGGCUAGACACUCGGACUCUUUUACCGGCAUUGAAAGCCUAGAUGUGGGGAGGCAGAAUUCUUGGGCAAAGCUCGAUUUAAUCUGGCCUCCUUUCUGCGCUUCCUUGAUUGGGGCUUUUUCUUUUUUUCAGUGUCAGUCAUGCUUACUUACUUGUUUAUUUAAUUACAUUACCUUGAGGAGACGGAAAGGUCUUACAGAGAAGGUGGGUGGACUUAACAAAAAUACAGCAUAAUAAGGUAAUAAAAAUAAGGUAUGUGCUAACAUUAGUUAGUUAUUAGAAACUUAAAAUGCAAUAAUUUAGUGUACUCUUAAAGUAUGAUGUUAAAUUUUGUUGAAUUUGUGGACCAAGAAAGAAGAGAACGAAGUGUGGGCACGAUAGGAAAGCGUGUGCAUGGGGAGUGGCGAACGAGUGUUUGCAAGACAUGGACGCAUUUGUUAUCUCUUCGAGUCAUUAAAACCCUUGUUUUUUUGUACUCUACCGGCAAAUUCACCUUUAUUCCAUAUUUGAUGGUGUCGAAACCCGGGAUUCUGCGAUCCAAGCGACCCGACGAAAGGACUUCACUCGCAACGAAGAUGAAGUGCAUCAAAGGCAAGCUAACGACUCGGCGAGCUCUGCACACAGGUUUAAGAAAUGAAGCAUGGCAACUGAUCAACUCUAACCAGACAUCCUCAUGAGAUCUUAGUGUGGUACAUGAUAGGCUAAAGGCAUGCAGCGAAGGCCUGCACACGCUCAACUUUAAACUCGAAGCCUCAGUGUGUGUGUAAUUAAACAAUCUGUUGAUUUACUGCAUGAAAGCGUGAACAAAUUAAACUUAAAAACGAUAGGCUUAUUUGGCGUACAUCCUUUCACCUCUACUCUUUCCACUUUUUGCGCUGCCAGCAUAUUUUUUUCUUCAUUUGCUUCUGUUUGUAGCUACACCAUUCUUUGCAACUAGAUGCACGACAGUGUGAAUAGCGAGCUCAUCUUAUACAAAUUUACGUGCUAAGUGAUAUCCUGCAAAAAAUGUGCGUGAUAUGUUCACUGAGUUACUGCAUACUGCUGUACUUCCUUUUUUUAGUGUAUAAACUGCAGUGGUUUAGUAUGUGCAGCAGCAUUUGCAGGUUACACUUGAAGCUUCGCAGAGCACAUUGCAAAGCGCACAUGGAUGUGUACGACAUGAUGAAACUGUUUUGCUUCGUGCUCCGGUAGUAGACGUUUUGUCGAGCUUUCUGGGCUUCCUACCUCAACAAGCUAUGAUUCCUAUUUGCCUAUUUGAAAUGGCAUGGACGUCUCUUUGCUCAUCUGUUUGUUCGUCAUGGGAAAUGAGGUGUGUCAGGAUGAGGGCUUGCAAAGAAGCCAGCUUUACUGCGACUGUGCUUGCUUUGAAUGAGAGAACCUUCUGAGUGUGGGUGUAACCUACAUUAGGAGCUUUUAUGACUGAGCAAGAUUGCGUGUCGUGAAGUGCCUGGCAGGCACGUGCAAUUUCGAAAGUUCGAGGGCAUUUGUGAGUAAACGCAAAUUCGUUGUUUGAAAGUGAAUGUUAGCUGUGCACUUGGAUUGGUUGUUUUGUUUUUCUUUUCUCUCGAUUUAGAGGAAGUUUGUGUAAAUGCGUUGGAUAUGUGAAGACUCCAUCUCCAUUGUGUUUUUUUCUUGGCCUUUGUCACUGGCUUAUAUGUAUGGUUGUAAGCUAAUGCUAUGGAGAUGAGUCAUUCAUAGCAGAUGUAAUGGGCAGGCUCCUUUGGGCUGUCUCUACUAGGAGUGAUUGUUUGAUAUGACAUCAGUUGAGGCGAUCACAUGGCAGGCUGCUUAUACUGGUACCGGAUGCGCUUCGCAGCACAAAUAUGAUUGGUUCCUCUGCCUCAAGUAUGCCACUUCUGGCUUACUUGAUCAGAAUGCAAGCAAUGUUGCAGCAUUCUUUUGCUGCCAUCAGCUAACUAGCUGUUUAUGCAGUGAUUGUCCAGUGGGCCCUGGUACAUUGUUCUAGCUGUUCUAGGGGUGAUUGCUAACAGCCACCAAACAAUUAUUUCAAUAAAGAAAGAAGAUAUUGAAGGGAAAAAGAACCCUGUCAGGUUAUAACCCAUGGCUUAUUUUUUUUUUAUAUGCCAGUGCAGUGCAUCCAACACUAGUGCUUGGUUAUUGAUCAUUUUAUUCCAUUGCUUAUACUAUCAGAGGUCUUAAGAUGCUGAACACAGGGGUGUGCGAGACUUUAUUCUGCUCGCCCCUCCACCACACUGUCGUAAAAGGUUGUAUGAUUGGUAAGGCGGGUACCUUGUUAACGUGCCGAACAAGGGGGGGUAGGGGUAAGGGGGUGCACUAGGGUACCAUUAUGGAAUACUGGUAGUAGUCCAUGUACAGUGGUAGUGCCAGUGUUCCAUCACUGCCAGUGACGAAAGUACUAGCUGUACUAGAAAUGUUAUGUAUGUACUGUUCGGUGAAUUGCGCUCAAACAGAAGUGUUUAUUCUUGCAUGGUUAAUAAGUCUUUAUAAGCGUAUUGUGCACUAACUACCUGCCCAACUGCAUUCCUUCCUGCUGAACCGAACAUCACAGAGCUUCAUUGACGUGUUAAAUGUAGCACACACACUGAGUUGUCAUAUUCGUGUGUAUGAGUAGUGAAUAGCCAGAAUUGGAGUACAUUUGUUCAUUAAUAAUCUUUAGUUGUUUUGCUGCCUGCUUCUUCGGCAGUGGUGUUGUUCAAGGCUCGUAGAAAGCGUCUACAUAAAAUUAGGCACACCUUUUUCCUAGCAUUGGUUCCCUAACCACAGCUCUCGUUUUUCUCAACCUGUUCUAGGAUGCGAGCCUAGACAGAAGAUGUGAGCCAGGCAACAUCAAAACAAAUACGUGCUCUCAAUGGCGAUCAUCACAGUUACAAGGCGCUGUUAAUUUUUAAAAGACAGUCAGUGGUUGCGUCUGAGGGCAAAAUUCUUUUGCCAUAGUAACUACUAGUUUCUGGUUGUCCAUCGCAUUGAGUAAGCAGCUUUUGGAAUGCGGAGUGCGAGCCAUGCAGAGCUUGUGUAGUGUGGAACGCAAGCAGUUGUUGCAAAAAGGGACCUGAAGUUUCCGUAUUCUGGUAGGAUAUAACUUGCCUGUUCCACUUAGUCUUGUCGGAAAUGUCUAGUUCAGGCAGAGUUGACAAUAUUCAGAUUUGUAGCGACUUUAAACCAGUUCUGUUGCAAAUGAAUACCGAACCCAGAACCCUUGCACUAUGUCGUUGGUAGUCUGUCUCCAUCAGCAACAAAUUCGUUUUUUUUUUCUAACCAGAUUUAUUUUUCGUUGUCUCAUAAUCACUUAACUUGAAUGAAAAAAUAAAAUCACUGUCGCUCAUGCUUUCGUUCACUUCAUUAUUGUCUUUUCAUGGCUUUUUGUUUGGAAAUAAUUGUUUUCAUUGUAAGUUUUCGAGUAGUCGUUAUUUUUUUAUGUGAGGCAUUUGAGCGCUCCUUUUCACGGUCCAUGGCUGGCUGCUGAAUGUUGAGCCUCUUUUGUAGGCACCUGCGGAUGGUGUCUCCAGUGCUUAGUCUCCGCAGUAUUGCCAGAGUUGUACAAACGUGAGAUUGGCUUUAUGAAAGAUGUUUGUAUGCUUGUGUGUAGGUUAUCGAAUCGACUUGUGCGAGACGACACAUUGUCUACAUAGACAUAGUCUAACAUUAGCCUGAAAUGAACCUUCUAUUUAUGUGCCCGAUGGAGAAAUGUAUGUAAAAGCAAUACUAGAAAAUAAUUGUAUGCAGAUGAGAAACUUGGGCAUCAACUUAGCUGUUGUAUCCAGCCCUUCUUUUAUGUAUUGUCCUUUGUUGUCUUCGUGGUGGUUUGUAAAAACGAGUUCAAGAUGUCAUGUUUCUGUCGGCUCUGUAAAAAGCUUUCUUUAGGAUUAAGUGGUUAUUUGUGUUCCUUUGUUGUUUUCUGUUUUUUUGAGAGAAAAUAAAGUAUUGAGUUUAUUGGCUCCGUGCACUGAAGGUGUUUUGUUUUGAGGAGAUGUUGAUGGCUAUUAUAUGUGGGUGUAAAAUGCUUGGAUAUAUGUUCUGUCAGUAUGGCUGUAAAUACUUGAUUGUGUGAAUAUUUAAUACUGAAUGGUUGCUUCUUUGCAUCGAAUGUUCAUUGAUGUCCACAUUGCCUCAAGCAAGUUUUACGUGUGCAUCCACAGAGAAUUGUAUAGCGAUGCUCUGUGCAUUUAAAGGGACGCUGAAGUCAAAUAAUAAUUUACAUCAGAGUAAAAGCUCAAUGCAUAGCAUCUAAAAUGACAAUAUUAUCAAGAGCAAUGUUCUUCUUACGGAGAUGUCUCGGUAAAUGCACAAGAAUACACGCGCCGGUGUAGGACAUUCUCAAAAUGAUCUCGAUAACGUCAGACAAACUGCCUACAAUUAAUCACUAGUAAUCGAGCUAGCCGCACUAAAUAAAGAACCUUGUGUGCAUCAAGAGAGGUAAUAAAACGCUGCUUGUUCGUUUCUGUUCACGUAAAAAAGGACCGCAGGACGUUACUGUACUGUUGGGAAAGGCGCGAGUGAUUGAAAAGUUCAAUUUUCGCAUGGCUAAACUGGACAGGUUGCGCUAUCUAACGGGGCCCAGUUGAACCCAAUAAUGUCUACCAUCUAUGAGCGAAUGGUAGGAAAUUGUUGAAUCGCCGUUGUUGCUGCUGUGGCUCCAGCUGCUUUCAUUCUGCUGCUGCUAGGGUCAGCAGCCGCGCAGUAAAGCUGGACAACGUUGUUCACGGCAGCAGUGAAGUAAGACCAUUUGGGCAGGUAAAUUGAAGUGUGCCGAUUUUAUGUGGGUCACUAAAACGUGAUUUUAUUUCAAGUUAAGCACUUCCUUGGCACAAAAGUAACACUAUGAAAUUUCUGAACUGUCAUUUCAACACUCAACAUUGACCUAAUAGUUGCCUCUAGUUUCCCUUCAAGAAAUCAUGCUAAGCUCAUCGCGUAUUCUAAUGUUUACCAAUUUCAAAGCUUACCGACCAUGCCUUGAAAGUUUAUCCAUAUUUAACUGCAGAUUUCUUACUUUUAAAUAUAAAAAAAUUGCAGCACCCGAGAGAAGACAAUCUGUUCUGUUGUAGACUUUGUUUUAUAUACAGCAUUUUGCCAUUUGCUGGUGUUAGAGCGAAUGCUUAUCAAAGGUGUCUUGUUAUUGAUGAAGGCACCCACUUCAUUGGCUAAAUAAGUGCUCUUUGUAACCUAUAGUAACCUACCAAGAAAUGCACUUCAUACCUUUUUGUUCACUAAUGAUUGUGCACUGAUGAGUUGAUAGUUUUUAAAUCAUGCAUGUUGAUGCCACAAUUGAUCAAGUUUGUUUCUACAACUGUUCUGAUGCAAUUGCCAUCAUUAGCAAUGUUAGGCCCUGAAGUUCAUUUUGUUGCGGCUGCCUUUUUUUUUAUCAUUUUAUGUGCAUUGUGUAGUUUCUGAUCUUCAUUGUAAAUUGCGAAAACUUGUUGCAGUUAUGACACGAUAUUUCUUUAUCCUUAUAAUGAAGUUUUUUCAACUCUUGGUGUCAUUGUAAGGAGGUACUCUCACAGCGAUGGGAAAAGGGGGACGAGGUGUUGGUGAAGGUAUGCAAGAGCAAUUACCUAGCGGGCAACUGCGACACAUGUAUCUUCUGCGUGGAAGCCUUGUGCUGCAGUGUGUUCUUGGAAGACAAAGGCAGAAAGGAACUUCGUGACUAAUGCCUUGUGUGAUUAAGUGACUGCCAUCUCUCAUUGUGUACAAAAAAUAAUAAAGGAAGGGGCUAUAGAGAAACAAUAAAUAAAUUCUAUAAUAA